AUGACUAGUCUACGAAAAUCCCACCCUUUAAUCAAGAUCAUUAACAGCUCCGUUAUUGAUCUUCCCGCCCCUUCAAAUAUUUCUGCAUGAUGAAACUUUGGUUCCCUCUUAGGCCUCUGCCUAGUUGCCCAAAUCGUCACAGGACUUUUGCUCGCAAUGCACUAUACAGCGGAUGCCUCCACCGCAUUCUCCUCCGUCGUACACAUCUGCCGAGACGUUAAUUACGGGUGACUAAUCCGUAAUGUUCACGCUAACGGCGCAUCAUUCUUCUUUAUUUGCAUCUACCUUCACAUCGGACGAGGCCUAUACUAUGGAUCCUACGUCAACAAAGAAACAUGAAACAUCGGAGUGGUUCUCCUAAUACUUGUAAUAGCUACCGCCUUCGUAGGUUACGUCCUCCCUUGAGGACAAAUGUCCUUCUGGGGAGCCACAGUCAUUACAAACCUUCUCUCAGCCAUCCCCUACGUGGGAAAUACCUUAGUCCAAUGAAUCUGAGGAGGAUUCUCGGUCGACAACGCCACCCUAACUCGAUUCUUCACCUUUCACUUCCUCCUCCCCUUCAUUCUAGCGGCGGUUACACUUCUUCACCUAUUCUUUCUCCACGAAACCGGUUCAAACAACCCCACAGGUUUGACCUCAGCAGGGGACAAAGUCCCUUUCCACCCGUACUUCACCUAUAAAGACUUACUAGGAUUCGCAGUCAUGCUAGCUCUUUUAGCUACCCUAGCUAUAUUUGCCCCUAACCUCCUAGGAGAUCCAGACAACUUUACCCCUGCGAACCCUCUUGUAACCCCCCCUCAUAUUAAACCAGAAUGGUACUUUCUUUUCGCCUACGCUAUCCUACGCUCAAUUCCUAACAAAUUAGGGGGAGUCCUAGCCUUACUCGCCGCCAUUCUUGUCUUAUUUGCUGUCCCUUUCCUUCACACCUCGAAACAACGAGGAAUAAUGUUUCGGCCCCUCUCACAAUUCUUAUUCUGGACAUUAGUAGCUGACGUAAUUAUCCUCACAUGAAUCGGCGGAAUACCAGUAGAAGACCCAUACAUUGUUAUUGGACAAAUUGCGUCCGCCCUCUACUUCCUUCUUUUCCUAGUCCUCAUGCCCCUAGCCGGAUGACUAGAAAACAAAGCCCUUAAAUUAUCCU